UAAAAUUGAAUUGAAAUCAAUUUUGAAGUGUUUUUAUAGCAAGUGGAGCCCAACCAAUGGUGAAGUUGCCAAGCCCAUGGUAAAACUUCCCCAUGUGGCAUGGCAUUGGUACUAAGUUUUAGAAAACUUUAUAAGACCGAGGCAGAAGUGGGAUUUUUCUAAUUAAUUUGUUUCACAAGGGAGAGCCUUGGGUCCUUAAAUUUUCAACUAACAGAGUUGAGUUGUGCAGUGUCAUGUUAUGUCACUUCUCUAGGAUUUAAUCCUCAAAAUCAGACCAGACUUUUCUUGCUCUUUUAAGCUCUCCAGUUGUUUUUUUUAGGAUUUUUUUAUUUUGACUUUCUCUUUCUUAUCUGGUAUCAACCAAAUCUGUCUCGGUAUCUCUGCUAAUGUCACUGAAAUAUAUUAUUUUCCUGUGAUGGAUUUUUCUUUUGUCCUUUUUGGGUCCAUCUUACUUAAACCAAAUUCCAUUUUUUUUAAUUAUUUUGUACAUUUGUAUUAUUGUAGUUGCAGUAACAAGAAAAGAAAACCUUAUAAUACUUCGAAGAAAGGAAAAUGGUGCUUGGAGUUAGUUGUAAAGAGUGUAAGGGGAGACUGAUUGGGAUUCUUUAAAAGUUUGAAGUUUUUUGUUCAAUUUAAAGAAUACCCAGUUUGAUUUAGCUGUUUUUAUGUAGCCCCAUUGUGAAAAGGAGGGAUCUUGUUACCUGGAUCAUGGGGAUUUCCUCCUUUUGAAGAAUUCAUGAAAACUCUCUUUUCUCUCCUCAAUUGCUUGCUUGAAGAUGAUGCAUCGUCUUUGUCUGUAAGUUGAAUGAGCAAUGUAAGUAGAAUCAGGUAUGGUUUUUGAAAUUAAAGUUUCUUCCUUUUUGUUAGCCGAUUGAAAAUUUUUGUACAUUGUUGACUUAAGAUGUGAUAAUGCUUGUUUUAGAUUGACUUCUUGGUCUUGUUUGAUAGUUCAACUCUUUUGCUUUUUGGGUUUCAAUCUUUGGGUAAUGUUGAUUUAUAGAUGAGACAAUGGAGGUGGAAGGAAAACGUUCGAAGGGAGUAUUUUUUCAGUUGUUUGAUUGGAAUGGUAAAUCUCGGAAGAAAUUGUUCUCAAACAAUUCUGAGUUAUCAGAAGAAUCAAAGAGAGGAAGCCCUGUGGAAAAUCUAGUGAAGUCACUGCAUACGAUGGAGGGGGAUGAUUACAAUGCGGCUUCAAGUAAUAGACAAAGUGGUGAUUUUAAUUCUGCUUCCUCUGUGACUAGUGAUGAAGGAUAUGGAUCUAGAGCACCUGGAGUUGUUGCCAGGCUUAUGGGUUUGGACUCAUUGCCAAUACUGAAUGUCUCUGAGCCCUCAUCUUCCCCAUAUUCAGGGUCUUUCUCUCGUAGAGUAUCUCAUUAUGAAAGAAGUACUCCUAAUUUAUGGAAUGAAUAUCAACCCACGGACUACAGCAACAUGUCUAACAAGCUUGACAGAUUGUCUUCAAAUCCCAUUGAACCAAGGUUUCAUAAGGUGCAGAACCGACCAAUUGAGAGGUUUCAGACUGAAAUAUUGCCUCCAAAAUCAGCAAAGUCAAUUCCAAUCACUAACCAUAAACUUUUGUCUCCUAUCAGGAGUCCAGCAUUCAUCCCCACCAAAAAUGCAGCUUACAUAAUGGAGGCAGCUGCAAAGAUUAUUGAGGCUAGUCCUCAGACAACUUCCAAAGGUAAAGUGCCAUCAUUUGGGUCCUCUUCGGUUCCUUUGAAAAUCCAGGAUUUGAAAGAGAAAAUUGAAUCUGCACAUAAAGUAUCCAGGCCUCAAAGACCUGAUGAGCCAAGUGAGAGUGCAGCGAAGCCUUUGAAAGGACAGCAUAAGGACAAGAGUCGCAAUAAAUCUGAUUAUACACCAACAUUCAGGAUGACUAGGGAUUCAGAAGAAGGUAGUACUUACAGUUUGAGGAAUAAGAGGAAAUCAAUAUCACUCGCAGAGCAAGCAAAGGUUAAUGUUCAGAGGAAAGAGGGAUCAUUGUCUAGUGGUAAUGGGAGUUCGGCAAAUCAGAAGGAAAGGAAUGAUGCUAAAGGAAAACAGUUUUCUAGGAGCCAGGCAGAUGUACAAAGGACUGUGGAGAAACGAACUUCUGCAAACAGGACAAACAAUGUGCUGAGGCAGAAUAAUCAGAAGCAGAAUUGCAUUUCUGAUAGAGAUUAUUCAACAUCAAAGACUUCAAUCCUGGACCGGCAAGGUAGAAAGACUAGGUCCAUAAAUGGUACAAUUGGUCUGAAUCAGACUAUAAGUAAGGUGAGCAUAAAGUCUGAACCUCAGUCCAGGAAGACAGGCUCAGUGGCAACUGAUACUGCAAAGGAGCUUCCCAUCUCUAGAAAGAAGAAUAUGCCUAGAAAGAAACCACCUGUAAAUGAGGAUCUUCCGUCUGGAGAAACUGUUUCUGGUAAUUCAUCAAUAAAUGGCAGUGAAAGGUCCAUAAAAUGUAAUGUUACAAUUGAUGGACACUUGAAUCAGGAUGCAGAGAAAAUGAAAACAAUCAUGGAUGUUGUUUCAUUUACAUUUACAUCGCCCGUCACAAGUUCCAUGCCUGAUGUACCUUCCACAAGUCGAGGUGCGGAAAAGACCAGCAGCCUUGAUAGUGAUCCUUCUGGUGAUGAUGGUCUGCUAUUUUUGAAAAGCUCAGCAUUUUCUUCUCCUGGAAUUAAUAUAAUUGGUGGGGAUGCUCUGAGUGUUCUCUUGGAAAAAAAGCUUCAGGAAUUGACAUGUAGAGUUGAGCCGUCCAGCUGCAAUAUCAUUAAAGAGGGGACUUCUUCUAGUUCAACAUCCAGUUCGCUAAGUUCAGCGCCCUCAUCUGGUAAAGUGACCGCAACAUCGGUGGUACAUCAUGCAAGGCUUCAGGUGGAUCUAGAUAAUGAUAUCUCAUAUAGCUCAGGUGACUUUGAUCGCUCUUCAAUCGACAAUCUGGGGCUUGAUUGUAGAAGGAAGUGGCAGGUUUGUAUUGCUCACACAUUGCUACCAUUUACUUUAUUAGCAGGUCUUGCUUAUUUUUUACUUUUCUUGGCAUAUGUAAUCAAGUCCCACACUGCAAAAGGUUUUUCCAAAGUAUAGAAUCUAGUGCUUGGACUUCAGAUCAGCAAAAAAUACAUAAUAGUUGUACUGAAUAAUUUGUUAGAGAUUUUCAAUAUAAAAUA